AUGGGUGGUUUUGCACUUUAUGAUCAGGGUAUUUUCAAGUGCCAUCUUAGGCCAGAUGUCUAUGGUCAGAGGGAUAUCGACCAGGAGUGGGAGAUCGCGAAGGGCUUAGAACAGACCAUGGAACUGGCCAUAUCUGAGAUGUUACGAUGUGGGUAUCUCGUGGGCGCUGAUCUUACUCCAAGCUUCCCUGAUUUUGGAUGUUUAGGAAACACAGAUGGACAACAUGGGCAACCGAGUAGCCCGCUAAUUACAGAGGGUGCUGAAAGACGACCAUUAAUUCUCAAGCAAUACUCUUGCCUGUUGGAAUUAUUUGUGGCAAAUGGCUUCAUCCUCAUCGAGGAAAAGUUCAUCACCAACAACUUGAGUCACACGGAUUUCACUGCCAAGACUAUCGCAAUCGUGCAGACAUCGUGGUUCAUGCUGCAAUGCCUUGCUCAUGGAAUCAAGGGGAUAGCAAUCACAGAACUUGAGGUGUAUACACUGGCUUUCGCAGCAUUGAAUGGGAUGACAUACAUUUUGUGGUGGAAUAAACCGCAAAGGGUGCAUCACCCCAUUCCUGUCCACUGGCAUCCAUUGAACAUUUGCGUUACAUCCAUGCCGGACCGAUCCGGACCGACUGGUCACAAUCACUUUCAUUCUAUUCUUACUUACUCCACUUACCUUAAUCUCCGUACUCCCCAUUAA